AUGUUAAGUAAAACUCCUAUAAAUGAUACCGAAGAACUUGCGUUCCUAUAUGGUCAACUUGGGUCAAUUUAUCUUGUUAAAGAAGACCUCGAUCAAAGCCGUGUCUUCCUGGAACAAGCAACGAAUAUAUACCUGACCUCUCUCGGUGAAGAGGAUACUGAAUUAGCAGCUGUCUAUUCAAAUUUAGGACACAUUUAUCUUUUGAAAGAAGAUUGGAAUAAUGCUUUGGAAUAUUUUUGUCGUACACUUUCUAUAGAAUUGAACCAUCCUGAAAUAAAUCAAGCUAGUGUCGCAACUACAUAUAAUAAUAUCGGUUGCACUCUUCAUUAUCAAAACCAGCUUGAUGAAGCACUUAUCAAUUAUAAUCAAGCAUUAAAUCUACGUCUAAAAGCUCUUCCAACUUACCAUCCAGAUUUAGCCGAGAGUUAUUCCAAUAUUGCUGGAAUUUAUACAGUAAAAGAAGAUUAUACGACUGCGCUAUCGUGCUUGGAAAAGGCGCUUUCUAUAGAGAAAAGAACACUUCCACCAUAUCAUCGAUCAUUAGCCAUAUCGCACUACAACAUGGGUAGACUUUUGGAACUUUUGCAUCGUUACAAUGAAGCAGUUGUUUAUGCUGAAAAAGCCGUUGAGAUUGCUCAGCGCACAUAUCUUUCAGGACAUCCUCGAAUGACAAUGUAUGAGGAAUGUUUAAUUCGCAUCUCGCAACAAUUACGAGCAUAG